CUCCUGGAACCUAAAACCCCCCAAAUAUUUCCCGAAAAAAGAAUUACUUUCUUUCUUUCUCCCAUCAUUUCCAAGAAAAUCUCUGAAAAAAGCUUUCUUUUGAUUCAAAGCAAGAAAUCAUGUGUGGAGGUGCUAUAAUCUCCGAUAUCAUACCGCCCAGCCGGUCGUCGCGCCGGCUCACCGCCGAUUUGCUCUGGGGACCCGCUGAUCUGAGCAGCAACAACGGCGGGAAGAAGAAGAACCGCAACAGCAACUCGUCUGGAAGCUUCUACUCCAGGCCCUCGCGAUCUGGUAUCACCGACAUCGAUAAUGACUUCGAAGCUGAUUUUCAGCACUUUAAGGACUACUCUGAUGUUGAGGUUGAAGAGGUGGAUGCCAAGCCCUUCGAUUUCUCCGCUUCCAAGCAGCCUGGAUUCUCUUCUGGCUCCAACUCUGAUUUAACCAAGGAUGCUGACAAGUCCUCAAAGAGGAAAAGGAAGAAUCAGUACAGGGGUAUCCGACAGCGUCCUUGGGGUAAAUGGGCUGCUGAGAUACGUGAUCCUGUGAAAGGUGUCCGUGUCUGGCUUGGAACUUUCAACACUGCUGAAGAGGCUGCAAGAGCUUAUGAUGUUGAGGCUCGAAGGAUCAGGGGCAAGAAAGCUAAGGUUAAUUUUCCUGAUGAAGCUCCAAUAUCUGGGUGCAAUGUUAAGCCGAAUGCUAGGAAAGUGCUUCAAAAGGAGAGUUCACAGCCUGACAUGUCUUUCACGAAUAUGUUGGAAAAUGUGUACUAUGAACCUCUGAACUCGCUGGAUGAGAAACCACUAACAAAACAGAAUGAAAUCAUAGAUGCUUAUGCUGCUCCAGGAGAUAUGAGUCACACAUCGUAUGCCCCAUCUGAUACUGCCAACCUCUUCUUCAACUCUGAGGAAGGAAGCAAUUCUUUUGGCUGUUCUGAGUUGGGGUGGGGAGACCUUAGUUCAAGGACUCCAGAAAUAUCAUCUGUAUUGUCAGCUGCUGUGGAAGCUGAUGAAGCUCUAUUUGCAGAGGAAGCCAACCAGGCAAAGAAACUGAAGUCUAGCUCUGAAAAUUUGGUGGCUUCUGAUGGAAACACUGUCAACAAACUAUCUGAUGAACUCUCGGCUUUUGAAGCAGAGAUGAAGUUAUUCCAGAUCCCAUAUCUCGAGGGAAACUGGGAAGCAUCCAUUGACACCUUCCUCAACGGAGAUGCAACACAGGAUGGUGGAAACGCCAUGGACCUCUGGUCCUUCGACUAUGCUCCAACCUUAAUGGGGAAUGAAUUCUAGUCAGCAGAAUUUCUCCCCUUACUAGCAUUUCGUGAAUAAGGCUUCAUGUUGGCUUAUGUUUGCUGAAGACUACAGACAGCUCAAACAUGUUUGAACCAUGACGAGUGCGUGCUUAGGGGAGUAAAUAUUUUUCGGUUUUAAUGAAACUCUCGAGACUUUAAAUUGAAGCUGUUUAAAAUUUGGUGAUGUCUGUUAGUCUGUAAGGAUGAUGAACUAAAAAGAACAAUAAUUUUCCUCCUUUAUUUAUAUCCUGUUGCCAUUUA